GCUUCUGGUUUCUGUCGUUUCCUGAAGAAGCGCAAGCUGCGGAAUGGCAACGGCGAGGUGUUGAUGGAUGUGUUUUCCAAUCGUUUGGUCAAGCUCCUCGAGGGCCUGCUGCAAGUGAGACCAGAGAAGCGGCUGACCCUCGGGCAGUCCUGCUGGGCGAACGACUGCGAAGCGGACGUGGAGCGCCCGUCCGUGUGGCAGCAGAGGUGGUUGACGUCCUCGCUGGCAAAGCCGAUCAAGUCGCCGAGGCGUCGUCCCGACGAGUGGAC